UCUCUGUUAAGCAAAUAAAUCAAAAAGAAGUCGAACCCUAAUUCGUGGUCAAGUGGGAAACACAUGUGGAUUUUGUGGAUAGCGGGCAUGCACGUAGGCGUGUCGGAAUUGGGGAACCGCGCGCGCCUACUUAAUUAGAAGUCGUGCAUGCAUGCUUCUCACAAUACACUAAUGGAAUGAUUUGUGUAACCACACGUGACGUCUAACCCCAAAGAAGAAGAAGGAGAAGAGCGCGCUCUGUAUCAAUUCCAACGUGCCUUUUGGUGGUACGUACUUUAGCUAGUUGGGGGUAUAAGUACGUACGUUUUGCAGGCCCUCCAUGGAGAGCUCUUUGGGUGUGAGAAAAGGUGCAUGGACUGAAGAGGAAGAUCUCCUUCUGAGGCAGUACGUUCACAAGUAUGGAGAAGGAAAGUGGUACCAAAUUCCUCUCAGAGCAGGAUUAAAUAGAUGCCGGAAAAGCUGUAGACUGAGGUGGCUGAACUACCUAAAGCCAAAUAUCAAGAGAGGAGGAUUCACGGCGGAUGAAGUUGACCUAAUGAUCAAGCUCCAUAAGCUCCUGGGUAACAGAUGGGCACUCAUUGCUGGUAGGCUUCCCGGAAGAACGGCUAAUGACGUGAAGAACUAUUGGAAUACACACCUCCAAAAGAAGGAAAUUUCUCGCAACAAAGACGCGAAAGAAAAAGCACAAGAUAUUGUGAAAGUGAAAGUGAUAAAACCUCGACCUAGGACCUUCACCAAAAAUUUCACUUGGUUAAGUGGGAAACCUACAACGACUGCAGAAAGUUUUGAACCAGAGGACAAUGGGAUCAGCAUAUCUCCAGCAAUAAUGGGGUCGGAGAGUAGGAUUAAAUGGUGGGAAAGCUUGUUAGAUGACAAAGAAGAUGAUGAAAGAGCCACAUGCAACACGAGUGCGUUAGAUAAAGAGCCCAGCAGAGAUCUUUGGGCCGAGAAAAUAGCACCAGAGGCAAAAGGUGGGGAUACUUUUGAUGUUGGCGAUCCGAGUUGUUUGGCUGACUUUUCUUUUGACAUGAGCCUGUGGGAAUUUCUGAAUGCUGACUAAGAGAAUAUGGUCUAAUGGUCAAUAGCUUUUUCUGUGUUUCUAUUGUUCUUAAGUACGUACGCAACAUAUGUAAUGAUUCUAGUCAAUUAUAUUUAAUUUGCAGAAGCAAUUGCGCUCCA